AUAAACCCCACUGAAGAAGAAGCAGAAGAAACACAAAUAUGGCGGAAGAACAGAACCCGCUUGCCGAAUUGGAACAAAUUGACUUUUUAAAAGAUCGACAUGUACGAUUCUUUCAAAGAUGUCUUCAAGUUUUACCAGAGAGAUAUUCAUCAUUAGAAACAAGCAGGUUGACCAUUGUGUUCUUUGCGCUCUCUGGUCUUGAUGUCCUGGAUUCCCUUAAUGUAAUAGAUAAGCCCAGCUUGAUUGAAUGGGUCUACUCACUACAAGUUCUUCCUACAGAAGACCAAUCCAAUUUAGGACGUUGUGGGUUUCGCGGGUCAUCACACAUUGGAGUUCCAUACAGCACCUCCAAGGGCCCAGGAGUAUCCCACCCGUACGACAGUGGCCAUGUGGCCAUGACGUACACUGGCCUGGCCUGCCUGGUCCUACUGGGGGACGACCUGAGUCGUGUCAAUAAGGAGGCCUGUCUAAUGGGCCUGAAAGCCCUGCAGCUGGAGGACGGAAGUUUCUAUGCCGUUCCAGAUGGAAGUGAAAAUGACAUGAGGUUUGUGUACUGCGCAGCAUGCAUUUGCUACAUGCUCGACGACUGGUCGGGCAUGGACAUCAAGAAGGCCAUCGACUACAUCAGGGGAAGUAUGUCAUAUGACAAUGGCAUUGGCCAGGGGGCUGGAUUGGAAUCGCAUGGUGGGUCCACGUUCUGUGCCGUCGCCGCACUGAGUCUGAUGGGCAAAUUAGAGGAAAUGUUCAGCCAGCGCGAGCUGAACAGGAUACGCCGCUGGUGCAUCAUGAGACAGCAGAACGGCUUCCACGGCCGCCCCAACAAGCCCGUCGACACGUGCUACUCCUUUUGGGUGGGCGCCACACUGGAGCUCCUAGAUGUCUUUCAGUACACUAAUUUCGAGAAGAACCGGAACUACAUCUUGUCAACUCAGGACCGUUUGGUGGGCGGCUUCGCUAAAUGGCCAGACAGUCACCCAGACCCGCUGCACGCCUACUUCGGGAUCUGUGGCCUGUCUCUUAUAGGAGAGGCCACCCUGCGGCGAGUUCACCCCGCCCUAAACGUGAGCCAGAGGGCCUUUGAGUAUCUGCAGCAUCUACACCAGACGUGGAGAGGCACCUGCACCUGACGGCAACAUUCCCCCCAGACCCCUGCCCCAGCCUCCAAGCACCACCACCACCACAGCCCCUAAGCCAUGCACAGCCUUUCCCCCCUCAGUUAACUUAGCAGUAGAAAUGAUAGUGGGUAGACAAAGGACACAGUCCCACUGAAAUGGCGAGGGGGGGGGGGGUGAAUAAAUAAAUGAUCGGGUCCAUCAAUAAUUGAGAGCAAACUGGCGGAGUAGACGCUCAGGCCGGGCAAGAGCUCAUUCGAUUUCUAAAUUUGGUUGUGCAUCAGAAGUUUUUCUCUUAUGUCAGUCAGACAGUCAAUUAGCCCAUGUCAGCUAACAUUUUUUAUAUUGGUAAGUUAGUCUAGCCAGCUAUCUGAACUGGUGAAAUUAAGGACCGGGGGGCCCCCAUUGAUUUUGUUAGUCACUCUCACUCAGAUAUCAUAUUCAAAACUGCUAACAUUUCUCUCUACCCUAUGGCAAAUGAGUAGAAUUGCAGGAAAUUGGCUGUAAAACUGCAACUUUUUCUCUGCCCCAUGGCACAAUGAGUAGAAUUGCAGGAAAGUAAUUAUAUAACUAAAAAAAUGUGUCUCCGCUGUCAAGACGGGGGCCGAUUAAAUUGUUUUGCUUGAAACAAAAUGUCACUUAGGGCCCCAAAAUGACUAGGGCCGGCUCUGACUGCAUGUGUGGGUAUGGAUAUAGGUAUGCAGACCCGCGAGCCACCGCAGCCCCUCAUGAUGAGUUCAGAUUUUUUGUGGCCCCCACCCCCAUCAAAGUUGCCCAUCCCUGAGCUAGAUUCACUGUAGGUUCGUUCUCAGCUACAUUCUCAAAAGAUCUCAGAACGUUUGAAUUCAUUUUACUGACUUUUUGCCUUGAAUUGAGUGUUUGUUUUUUUGGUCAAAAUGUUACUGUCGAAAACCAACAUGGUUGCUACACCAAUCAAGCCUCUUGUAUUUAUCCAGGAUUAGUUGGUUUUUAGCAUUUGUAUUUUGUUAACCCGUGUAGGUGGCUCCAGACAUAUUUUCGGGUUAUGGCAGUGUGCUGUGCUCCUCAAGGCUGACAAGUUACUCAAACUUGAUUCCCUUCUGAAAUGUGCCUCACACAGCAGACGUUGGGCUCUCUAACCUGGGAGGGGCCUUAACUGUAUGGACUUGCCUGUCACUGCAGAUGAGUGUUAUUGGGUCAAAAUACACGUGAAUGUUUGCCUCAACAUGAAAAACUAUAUAGAAACAAGUGAAAUUGAAUUUAUUUUUUCUGUACUUUAUAGAAAUAUUGAGUGUAGAUAAUCUAUAAAUGUCAAUGUCAUCUCUAUCAUGCAAAUGCUCAAUCUAAUCACUGCUAUUUCAGUGAGAUAGGAGGAUUUGAUAUGCAAUGUUGAUAUGUUAAAUAAAUAAUAGCAUAUUCUCUUUAUCAUGUCAAAUCAACUAAACGUGCUAAAACUGGCUUGGGGAUGCAUAUGUAUGUGAAAUGAAUAAAAAUUCCUAACUUUU